AUCAACCUUCGAUCCACACAUGGAGCAGAUCGCACUUCUUUCUUGCGUGCGUUUCCGCGUCCUCCGCUAUCCGCUGACUCGAUCUACCUCUCGUCUCAGCCAUUACCCUCGCAUCCCCGGGCAGGCUCUCGUAACCACCGUCCCUCGCACGUGUAGAAUCCCUCUCUGAUCCCCCCUCUGGUUUCCCGAUCUGGUUACCCUCUCUCUUCGCAACAAUGCAGUACGCCGACGGACUCGUCGUGCUCGCCAUCUCGCUCGUCGCAGCCCUCCUCUGCGAGUUCAUCUCGUGGGUAUUAAUCUACCGCACCGCCAGCUACCGCGCGUUGACGCAGAGCAUAGAGAAGACGACCCGCCGCGUCGAGACGAUGAAGGAGCGCCAGGCGGGAGCGGCGGCGGCGGCGGCGGGGCGGAAGAGCGCGUCGCGGAAGAUCGGGCGGUUCGAGCAGAGCCUCAAAGACUCGAACCAGGCGCUCAGCCGAGCCAAGUUCCAGUCCGGCGCCGUGGUGGCGGUGACGCUGCUCAUCGUCUUCGGGCUUCUCAACUCGCUCUUCGAUGGCAAGCCAGUCGCCAAGCUGCCAUUCACGCCCUUCGCAUUCAUCCAGCGCAACAUGUCUCACCGCGGCCUGCCAGGCGACGACCCCACGGACUGCUCCAUGAUCUUCCUCUACAUGCUCUGCUCCCUCAGCAUCCGCCCCAACCUGCAAAAGCUGCUCGGCUUCGCGCCGCCCCGCGGCGCCACGCCCAACAUGUUUGCUGGGCUGGAUGCAAAGAAUAAGUAGCCGUGGGGGGCAUGCUUUAGGACUGGGUGGGUGGGGGGGAUAUGUAGGAUGUCAUAACAACGAGCUGCUCAGCUUUGCUCCUUCCCGCGGGGCUGCCCCCAACAUGCCUGUUGGCCUCGAUGCCAAGCUCAAGUAGCAAACCUGUCGACUGCCAGUGAUCCAGCGUGUCUGCUCGCUCAGCAUUCGCUCGGCUUCGCAUCGUGCCACGGCGAAACUCCCAAAAAUUUGGAAGGCUGGAUGCCGAGACUAGCGUCCUUGACGUAAAUGGUGAUGGUGCUUGUUUUGUAAGCCGUUCCUGUCAGCAAGUGAACCUGGAAAGUGGGACAAUUUUGUUUUGGCGGGUCUAAAAGCGUGUUCCUACCAGCCCCUUCCCAAGCAACCUCGUCCAGGACUCGCGUACAGGGCCCUAAAUAUCCGGAUAAAAUGCCCUGAUUAAGGUACUCAGAUUUUCAGGGUAUUUUUUCGAGCUAG